AUGUCAUUAUUUGCUAAUUAUGCGAGGUUGAAAAGAAAGACGUUUUGGGUUAUGAGAUACAUCGAGGUGACACAAGAAGGAAUACUGGUGUAUAGAGACAGAAAAGAGGACAAACAAAAUAAGGCUGAACUUAAAUUGAUUCAUUGCAAAGUGAAAGAGUUAUCAACCAAUAAUGGGUUUUAGAUAUAAAUUAUACAUGGCGAUGAUUCUUUGAAAAUAAUGACUCACACAAACCAGGAACAUAAAAUAAUUGUAUAAGCAAUCACUUAGAUUAAAUAAAAAUCUGAAUAGAAAUAGGAAAUCCAAGUGCAAGCGCAAGAGCAAUUCUAGUAAGUCAGAUAAACCAUCGUGCCUUCAAUUAUAAUUCAACAAGUAAAACCACCCACAUUCCAACCCGAUAAUGAUUUGAUUAAGCAAUCUCAAGGGGAUCAAAUUAAAGUUCAAGCAUAGCAAUUGAUAAAGAAAUUUGAGUCUUAAUAGCUAACCUUAAUAAAUGUGAUCGACGGCAUAUUUUUCUACAAGACCGAAAAAGCAGAGAGAAAUAAUGAAGAAGCUGAGACUAAGUCUAACAUAAUGAGUUUAAUUUCCGACGAAAUAAAAAAUGUUGGAUACUUAUUAACAAUCGCGAUAGCCAUCAUAUUCUUUACUUUGUUAUCCAUAUUGGUCUAUCUACUAUUGAGUCUCGUGGACAAUAGAACCUACACUUAUAGCAUCCUUAUAACAUUGAACAUAGUAAUUCUUCCAUUGUUGUUCAAAAAGCACACCCCUCCAAAAUAAACAGAAAAAGUGUAAUAAUUCAUGGUGUAAUGUAAAUGUCUAAUGAAUGUGGAUUACAAUGCAUUGGUGUAUCUGAUUAGUAAAUUUGACGUUAGAAAAGAAUGGACUCCAAAUCUGCUGUUGAUAAACAAUGAUAAGAAUUUGAUUACGGCAUUGUAUUCAAAUCAAUUGGUUGAGAAGUUUACCUAAACAGUAUUUUACGAUGAAGAUACAUUCUAUGUGGUUGAGCACUUUCAUGUAAAAAUCUUGAGAUUAUUUGUUAUCAAAUAUCUGUUUGAUGAAGACAGUGUAGAAGUGAGAUGUAUUGCUGACAGUACUCAAAUGCAAAUAUUGCCCUGUCUUAAACAGUUUAUCAAAAUCCAAAAGCAGAACCCAAAAAGCAUUUUAAUAGAAUACCAAGCGUCUAAGACAUCAGGUGAUUAGAUGUCUGUUAUUUAAUCAGAAAUUAUCUACAAAUAAUCUGAUUAUUCUAGAAUUACUCAAUCUCCUAAUUAAUCCAUCUCUGUCGAACAACAACCUCCAUCCCUUCCAUCUAACUCUCCUAGACAAAUUUCGCAAUAACUGCAAUUGCCUUAAAAGCCAUAACAACCCUCAUAACUACAGUAGCUAUAAUAACCACAAUAACCGCAGUAGUCUUAUCCUCCAGAAAUCUAAAAGAUAUUUGAUAUGACUAUUGAGGCUAAAAAAUAAUUAGAGUCUGUCUAUCCUUUAGGUCCUUCUUGGUAAUAGAAGGAAGACAAAGGAGGGUUCUUGAUUCACACAAGAUUCGACGAAGCAACAGGACAGACUAUGAGUAGAGGGGAAGGGAUCUUGCCUUAUACAAUCCAAGAGAUUUUUGAGAUCAUUGAGAAAGUUGAGAAGAGAGGAGAUUAUGAUUCUCUCUUUGAUUCAGGAUACAUGGUUAAAAGAUUGGAUGGAGAUACAGGCAUAGUGUACUAGAGAUUUAAGACCAUUAAAAUUGUUGUGAAAAUCAAGAGAUUUUGUGUUUGCAUCGAGAGUAUUUCGAGAAGAAAAUAGGUGGGUGGUUAUAGCAAAAUCAAUCGAGAGUCAGUAAGAGGGGAUUUAAAGAUAGCUGGAUGGAUUUUAUAAAAGGCUGAUUAGGGAACAAAGACUUGUUUCAUCACAAUGGUGGAUCCAAAAGGAUCUAUACCAGCUGCCAUAGUGGCUAGUUCUGCUAAGGAGCAAGGACAAUGCGUCGAAAAAGUGAAGGCUCUGCUAGACAAAAGAAAUAAAAAAUGA